GCCGCGCUAACGUUCGACCAAGCUUAGUGGGAAGUGAGGAGGAACGGCACUGCACGCCGCCUGCGAAUGGUCGCCGAACCAACGCCGCCGCGCCGCGCCGCCCGCACCCGCAGUCCUCCCGUCGCGCCGGCUCUGCGCGCUACACGCUAACCGCAUCAUGGUAAUGGACAACCGAAUUAACGAAGAUGCUGAAAAUGAGCACAACUCGUCCAUUUUCAUAACAAACUUCCAAAAUGGAGACAAUGUCAACUAUUCGGUUGUUCUUGUCAAAGGUAUAAUUACGAGAGGCAAUUCAAAUAACCAAGACAAGCUAAUUUGUACAGUAACGAGCAACGGUGUUCAAAACACUACCGAAUGGAACGUGCAUAAUGGUGAAUUCAAAGUUAUAAUUGAAUUAAAUAGAGGUGAAAAUGUUAUAAUAUUGGAAUACACAGAAAAACAAAGAAAAACAAUUAUUCUAGACUACACUCCAAGAAAAACUAAUCUCAGAGUCACUCCAGUAUACAUUAUAUGUCAAGGACAUGAUGGCUGUUUUCAAAGCCCAUCUGAUAUUGACAACAGCAUAGAGAGUGCUUGUACUAGAAUAGCACUCGGUGCUAAGCUCAUUCAGAGUAUAACAGCUGAAAAAUUGUUUGAAUGUGGCAUUGGGCGGAAAACAUUCCAACUUGAACAUGAAGUCAAUCCAAAAAAACCAGAAUGUAUAGUGUUCAAAAGCGGACUUAAUGUUAAUAAGGCGAGAAAAAUGAAACAAGCUGAGCUAUGGUCAUAUUUUGGCAGAGAACUAAUGCUUUCAGAUCUCGGAAGUAAUGAAAGAAAAUAUUUGGCCUUUAUUUCAUGUACAAGGUUCAAAGGUACUGAUAUUGAUAAACCAAUGACACACGAAGAAGUUGUUUCGUUGACAGAAGCUUAUGCUGCGUUGGGUGGUGGUGGCCUCGCACUUUUUGGGACAGCAUGCUUAUACACAUGGCCCACAAGAGUCGACGAAAUUGUCCCAAAAUUUUUAGAUUCUAAUCCAGUUAACUGGAAACGAUUUAUGGAUGACAGUGGAUACCGUGGAACCUUAGGAGGAUGUUUUGCAACAACACUUGGGUCUGUAUUUCACGAAUUGGGCCACACGUUUGACCUCGGACACACAAAAGACGGAAUCAUGGGCAGAGGUUUCGAUAACAUAGACAGAGUUUUUACAGUUGGAGAAAAAAGGUCAGCCUUAACAAAGGACAACAUGAAUAAUUUCAGUGGAAAACCGGUGCAACAUUCCACUGUUUCCCUUCAAAGAAAUAUAAGUGUUACGAUGAACGUGGCGGAACCGCUGCGGGUCUUGGGACCAAGAAGUAAAACCACACUGGGAAACUUUGCAUCAAUGUCCAAAUCUGAUAUUAUAAGAAGAAGUCCAAACGUUACUCCAAUAACAAGACCGUCUAGUGUGUAUUCAAGUAUAACAAACAAACUCUCUGAUUCAAAGAAAAAUAUCAAUCGAACUAAUGGAAACGAUUCUAUUUAUUGGACGCGAAAUUGCGCAGUAUUACUGUCUUACCAUCGGUGGUUCAACAAUGAAUAUGGUAGAGAACGACAAGCCAUAACACGAUAUUUGAAGUUUGACAAAAAUAAAAUGAUGAUUAUAUCAACAGCAGGCAUAAGAAUAGUAGAAGUAAGAGAUGAAUCAAAUGGAAUGGUUUUAGACUCUUACGAGUUUACGAAUUUGUUGCCAGAAAAGCGAUUUUUAGUUCCAUUUACAUUUUCGCCUAAAAGCAAUGUUUUAACAAUAGUGGUAGAAGAUGAUUUGGGAAAUGUGCUGAAACAGACGUUCACUUAUUAAUCAAAUGAUUGUGCUGUCGAAUCGGACAAUAAAGUGUAAAUAUAUGAAAAAAUAAGUAUUAUACGUCA